AUGCGGCGCCACCGCCGCAGCCUCCCGAUGCAGACCCGCCGCUGCGGCCUCCCGAUGCAGACCCGCCGCCGCAGCCGCCCGAUGCAGCGCCGCCACCGCAGCUCCCGAUGCAGCGCCGCCACCGCAGCUCCCGAUGCAGCACCGCCGUCGCGACCGCCCGAUGCAGCACCGCUGCCGCAGCUCCCGAAACUGCGCCGCCACCGCGGCCUCCUGAAGCAUCGCCGCCGUCUCGGCCGCCCGAUGCAGCUCCACCGGGCCGCCGCAAGCCCGCCCGUAGCCAACGCCAGGGCCAGAUCCACGCAGCGCCGCCGACCGGAGGUCACCCAGCCGGCCGUCGAGAUCUGGGCCGCCAAGGCGCCCGAGCUUCAGACCCCGACGAGCACCACAGCACACGUAGCCUCCACGCCGCCGCCGAGCGACCACGCCGCCGCGCCCCACGACCAGCGCUGCGCCCUCGCCAACCGCAGCAGCCCGCGCCACCACCGCCGCACGAAGGGGAGAAAAGAUUUCAACCCUACAGUAGGUAAUGCUGCGUCAAAGAAGAAAGGUGGUAAAACAGGUGUGAUUGUGGGAGUUAUAGUUGGUGUGGCAGUUUUAGGAUUGACAACACUUGCUGGUAUCUUUGUUUGGAUACAGAAAAGGCGAAAACUAUCACUGGAGCAAGAAGAGUUGUAUAAUAUUGUGGGAAGACCUAAUGUCCUCAGUUAUAGUGAACUGAGGUCAGCUACUGAAAAUUUCAGUUCUAAUAACCUUCUUGGUCAAGGAGGAUAUGGGUCGGUCUAUAAGGGAAAGUUAACUGAUGGUAGGUUCGUGGCAGUGAAGCAGCUGUCUGAAGCAUCUCAUCAGGGGAAAAAAGAAUUCGCGACGGAAAUAGAAACUAUAUCUCGGGUACAACAUCGCAAUCUUGUGAAGCUGUAUGGUUGCUGCCUUGAGGGCAAUAAGCCGUUGCUGGUUUACGAGUACUUGGAGAACGGAAGCCUGGACCGUGCUUUGUUUGAAAAAGGGUGUGCAUACUUAGACUGGCCAACACGUUUUGAGAUAUGCUUAGGCAUUGCAAGAGGUCUGGCAUAUCUUCAUGAAGAAUCUAGCAUCUGUGUUGUGCACAGGGACAUAAAGGCUAGCAAUAUCUUACUUGAUGCCAAUCUCAAUCCAAAGAUCUCCGAUUUCGGGCUUGCAAAACUUUAUGAUGAUAAGGAGACACAUGUCAGCACCAAAGUUGCUGGCACAUUUGGUUAUCUCGCACCUGAGUAUGCCAUGAGAGGCCGUAUGACAGAGAAGGUUGAUGUGUUUGCAUUUGGUGUUGUGGUGUUGGAGACUUUAGCUGGAAGACCUAAUUAUUACACUAAGGACGAAGACAAGGUUUAUAUAUUUGAAUGGGUCUGGGAACUGUACGAGGACAACCGUCCUCUAGACAUGCUCGACCCGAGGCUUGAGGAGUUCAACAGCGAGGAGGUGCUCCGAGCCAUCAAGGUGGCACUCAUGUGCACCCAGGGCUCGGCCCACCAGCGUCCGCCCAUGUCAAGGGUGGUGGCGAUGCUGAUGGGCGAUAUUGAGACCCCUGACGGGGUGACCAAGCCCAGCUACAUCACGGAGUGGGAGAUCAAGGGCGGUGGCGACACCAGCUACGUGAUCUCCAGCGUCAGUGGGCAGUCUAGCUCGGCCUCAAGGGUGUGCGGCUCAUCGCAGAUCAUAAGCUCUGUCAUCUACUAA